AUGUGGUCUCCAUUAUUAUUGUUGCCCAUCGGGGCAUCGCUGACAUACCAGUCACCAUUGAUUGUCGAAAGACAGAACCCGGCAUUCACGAUAUCAGUCGCACAAAAUACUCCCAAUGGCGUAUCAGACAUUGUUGACAAAGGCUUCCCUGCCUUCGCCAUGUCAGGCCAUUCUUUCCACGAAUAUACCGGAACGAAGGCCAAUCCCAAUGUGUUUAGUCGCAACCUAUUGCAAUCGAUAUCUGAUAGAACUGGCCAGCCGGUCCAUAUUCGAGUGGGAGGCACGUCAGCCGAUUUCGCGAGAUACUCGCCGACACAGACCCAGCCGAUAGUCUUUCCUCCAGGUUACACUCCUGGCGCUAUACCAAAGGGAAUGACCAUUGGACCAUCCUGGUUCGAAGGCUUUGCGAACUUCCCAAACGUGAGGUGGACGUUCAUGUCAAAGCUAGCCAACUAUGGCCGAGACCAGUCAGCUCAAGAUACCGUGACUGUGGUCAGGCAGGCUCUCAGAAACAUUCCCAGCGGCAAUCUCGAUGCACUUGAAGUUGGCAAUGAGAUCGGUUACUACCCAUGCGCCAACCGCGAUUGCACUUACAACAUGCCGGCUUACAUCAACGAGUGGAGAGCUGUGUCAGGUGCAAUCGAUUCUGCAGUUGGGGCCCAAAAAUAUCAGGCACCUGCGCUAUAUGGAAAUGGCGGCAUCUGGACCGUCGGCAACGCUUUCGACAAGGGUCAGAACUCCAAGGGCAACAUCGUCUCAGCUGCGGUUCACCACUACAUGGAUGACAAGCCAGUCACAGUGGCACAGCUUCAGAGCAACUACAUGAACCACACUCGCAUCGCCAGGCAGCUUUCGCAAUACUCGGCGCCCGUCAGCUACCUCAAGACCAAUCAGCCAAACGUGCGUCUGCACCUUGCCGAGGACAACAGCAACACUUUCAGCAAGGACAAUGCCGACGUGCUAGGCGUCUUCGGUUCCACCCUUUGGCUUGCAGACUACAUGCUGUUUGCCUCGACCCUUGGGAUUGCACGCCACAAUAUCCAGCAGAGUACUGGCUUCAGCUACUCCAGCUGGCGAGCAGUCAACUACGACGGUAAAGCAGCUGCAGUACUGCCACCAUGGUACGCCCAUCCUUUCGUCGCAGACGUCCUCGGAAACACUAAUGAUGUCCGAAUUGCGGACCUCAAGCUCGGCAGAGACUUGUUCUCUGCCUACGGCAUCUACAAUGCAGGCACUGGCAAGAUUCAGAAGAUUGUCCUCAUCAACCUGAAAGACUACGCCACGAGCCACGGCACCCGUCCAUCGCAGACCGUCACCCUCAACGUCAACAACGCGAACUACAACAACAACGUUCGUGUUGAGAAGCUUACUGCACCUGACGCUCGCACCCAAGACGCCAGCAAGAUUACCUGGAAGGGUACCUCUUGGACAUUCGCAAGCCAGGGCAAGCCUGUGCAGGGCAUAUCCGACACCACUACCGUCCGAGCUUCGCGCGGACAAUUCACGGUCACAGUGCCAGCCGCCCAGGCUGUGCUGCUGACUUUGACGUAG